AUAGAUGGACGGAUACGGUGGCGAACUAGUUUGCAAGCCAUGUGGGCAAUCUCGCAUGGUUUGUCUUGGAGUUUUUCUUGUGUAAUACAUGAAGGCCAAAACCACACACCCAGUACCCGAAAGUAAGGGGUACAAACCUCCAGCAAAGAUGCAGUCCAAGAAGGUGAAUUUUGAAACCAAGAACAUGGUUGCUGGCAAACGCGAGAAUGGAUCUACGACAAGCAGUACCUUCGGAAUUACGCACAACACACUUCUUGCAAAACCUGGAAAAAAGUGGUAUGAGCAGCUACCAGAAGGCAAAAGCACAGGAAAAGUGCAAAAUGAAACCGAAGACGUAAUUCUAAAACGGAGGCUUGCUCAAGCUCUUCACCAACACGACGGCGAACUCUACAAGAAGCAUACGGAGUCACGUUCACGCCGGUCGGAGAUGCAGUGGGUUCACACAGUGCUUUCGAAGGGCACACUGGCAGACAAAGUGGCUGCACACACGCUGCUCAUUCAAGAUAGUCCUGUACAUAAUCUUUCAAGCUUGGACACCCUCAUCAGCAUGGUUUCGCCCAAGGGCAAGAAAGAAUGCCUCAUGGCAAUGGAUGGCCUGAGGGACCUGUUUCUCUCUGAUCUUCUGAAACCUGAUGCAAAAUUAAAAGCUUUUUCCCAGCGACCCCUAGGUGAGGUACACUCCGUCAAGGACGUAGGGGAUUCAAAAAAGCUCCUUCUAUGGCACUUUGAAGAUCUGCUGAAGAACAGAUAUGUUACAUUCCUUGAAGCAGUAGAGAAGGUGUCAUUUGAUCAAGUUGACAAGAUGAAACUGCGUGCCGUUGCUUGUAUGUACCAUCUUUUGGCUCACAACCCUGAACAGGAGCAGCGUCUGCUGGAGCACCUCGUGAACAAGUUGGGGGAUCGGAUGCACUCUGUAGCAUCUAGGGCCUCUCAUUUCCUCACUCAGCUGACGGGCCAACAUCCCCUGAUCAAGCCCGCAGUUGUGGCUGAAGUGGAACGUCUGCUGUACCGGCCCAACAUUUCACCGAAGGCCCAGUACUAUGGCCUGUGUUUUCUUAGUCAGUUAUUAUUGUCAGACGACGAAGGAGACUUGGCACGCCAGCUAGUCCGGCUCUACUUCGGCUUCUUCAAGAAAUGUGCCCACGCCGGUGAAGCGGACUCCCGUACUCUGCGGGUAUUACUGACGGGUGUUAACCGGGCAUUUCCGUACGCACGUUCAAACGAUCCUGAUGGAACGGGAGCGUUCUUGGAUGACCAUCUCGACAUUGUGUUCCGUAUGGUACAUUUGGCUGACUUCAACGUGUCUGUGCAGUCGCUGAUGCUAAUCUAUCAGGUGUUGGACACUAGGAGUUCAUUUUCGGACCGCUUCUACAACGCCAUGUACAGAAAGUUGCUUGACCCAGCAAUUGAGCACUCUCAUUUCCAAGCCAUGUUCCUCAAUUUACUGUAUCAGUCACUGAAUCGUGACACAGAGAUUCGUAGAGUCAAGGCCUUCCUUAAACGUCUUCUGCAGGGGUGCAUGUAUCUGUCACCACACAUCGUAUGUGGAGUGAUGAUUCUUAUCUCCGAGCUUCAGAAGGCCAAGCCCAAAGUUCUAGAAACAACUUUUCUUGAUAAUGGAGCAUGUCAACUGCAGGAGGAUGAAGAAGAAGAACAUUAUGAGGAUGCUCCCAAUGAUAGCGAUGAGGACGAGAAUGUCGAAGAUAAAUCUGCAGAAUCCAAUGAAAGCAAGUCUGGAGGAGGGAAUGGGGUAUCUCCGCAAGAAGAGAAGGAUGCCACUCCAUCUUGGGUUCAUGUGAAUCUCCACCCCCAGAAAGCAGCUGGACGAGACCCGCGAAGUUACGACCCCUGGGCCCGUAACCCACUGUACUGCGGUGCGGAAUACAGCAUGCCAUGGGAGCUGAACCACCUUGCCCACCACCAUCAUCCAUCAGUGGCAUUGUUUGCAAAACACAUCCUUCACGGGACAACCUUGUCUUACCCAGGGGAUCCGCUGCAAGACUUUACCUUGGCACGCUUCCUCGACAGGUUUGUGUACCGUAACCCUAAGAAGCAGGUACCAACUGAGCAAGAGGCUAAGGACUCUGCAGAUGCAGUCUUCGGCAAGAGGAGGCACUACCGCCCAAGUGGGGUACGCAAGCUCAGUGUGUUGAGCAGGGACUAUAUGAACCUAGCUCCAGGAAAUAUACCGCCAGAAGAGAGGUUCCUGUACAGGUACUUCCAUCAAACAGGCCUCGCGGACAAAAAGAAAAAGAAGCGCAAAGGUGCCGAUGAUGACGCCGACAGUGUUGCGAGUGACGACGUUGAACGUUUGCUCGACCUGUGUGAGCCAGAGUUUGACAAGGAGCUGGACUUCGCUGGUGAUUUUGCAAGUAGAAAUAAAAAGAAAGGAACCACGAAGCAGGCUUCAGAUGAUUCUGAAGAAUCCGAAGAUGACCUAGACAUUGACCUCGACGAAGAGGAAGUGGACUUGGGUGAUUUGCAGAAUGAUGAGGAAUUCCAAGGCGCUUUCAAGGAGUUUGAAGGAGAUAUAGCUGAAGCCAAGACUACAGGUGGCAUCAGGGAAGAGGAUAUUGAAUUUUCUGGCGAUGAUGAAUUUGGUGAGCCAAUGUCAGCACCCAAGAAGAAGCAUGCUCUCUCCUAUGGUAUUGGCAAGAAAGGGAACUCGUUUAGUCUGAAUGGCCUGCUGGCUUCAGCAGAACAGUUUUCUCACUUGCUUGACGAGAAUGCUACCUCUGGUGUUGACACCACUUCAACAAAAGCCUUGUCCAACAAGGACAAUGCCAGUGUGAAGCAACUGAAGUGGGAGAUGGAACGUGAUGCAUGGGUACGUGGACAAGAUUGGAGAAGUCGAAAGCGAAAGCACGGUGGGGCCAGAACAGCAUCCAGAAGAGGGAAGUUUGGCACAAGAGGGAAAAAACGUUAAACAUAAAUACUCUCGGGGGAACAGUGCAGCGGUUGCUUGCUUAUCUGCUUCUGCACAUUUUGUGCAAAAAUCUCCUGUGCUACUUUUGAGAGCGUGGUGAUUAUAAAUUUUUUGUGCAAGUAC